CGGCACGAUACGCCACCUCCCACUAGCCCAGAAGAGGCAUUCACAUACCUAGCCGGGCCUUAAACACACAAAGACCCGAAGCCUGACGGCCUGGUCUUGACUGACCAGCUUCGUACCCGUUGAGGUUCACAACAGCCCCUCGCGGCCUUUCCCUUCUCGCGGCCCGUCAGCACCAUGGACCCAGCAAGCACUCUCAACCCCCUUUCCCAGGCCGCUACCGCUCCAAUGCACCUCAAGUCCAGGACGGCGGUAACGGAAGCCGUGGAAGACAUUCUUUACGGCUCUAUCGCCGGCGUCGUGGGCAAAUACAUUGAAUACCCCUUCGACACGGUCAAAGUCCGCCUCCAAUCCCAGCCCGACCAACUCCCGCUGCAAUACAAAGGCCCCGUCGACUGCUUCCGCCAGUCCAUCCGCGCGGAUGGCUUCUUAGGGCUGUACCGGGGCAUCAGCGCCCCCCUCAUCGGCGCAGCCCUCGAAAAUAGCAGUCUCUUCUUCUGGGAGCGCCUCGGCCGCGCCGCCAUCUACGCGUCGGGCUACGCCACGCGCGAGCAACCGUUGCCGCUAUCCGCGCUCUGGAUGACGGGCGCCUUCUCGGGCGCGAUGACCUCGCUCGUGCUCACCCCCGUCGAGCUGGUCAAGUGCAAGAUCCAAGUGCCCGCCAAAACGGGCGACGGCGUCGUCCGCGCCCCCCUCAAGCCCGCCGCCGUCAUCAAGGAUAUCUGGCGGCACCAGGGGUGGCGCGGGUUCUGGCACGGCCAGCUAGGCACGCUGAUCCGCGAGAGCGGGGGUUGCGCGGCGUGGUUCGGGUCCAAGGAGACGGUGAGCAAGUUUUUCCGGGAGUGGAACGAGAGGUCGGCGCGGACCGAGGAGGAAAGAGAGAAAGUCCGGGCCGCGGAUGCGCUGCCGCUGUGGCAGCAGGCUGUAGCGGGCGCGACGGCGGGGAUGAGUUAUAACUUUCUGUUCUUCCCUGCCGAUACCGUCAAGUCGCGGAUGCAGACUACGCCGAUUGGGGAGAGCGCUGCGCCGCAGAAAACGUUUGCCCGCGAGACGGCCGCGCUGUGGAAGCAGGCUGGCUUGAAGGGCUUCUAUCGCGGGUGCGGGAUUACCGUGCUGCGGUCGGUGCCGAGCUCGGCGUUUAUUUUCAUGGUCUAUGAUGGGUUGAAGAAGUACUUUCCCAUGCAGUGAGGGACGAAGUCCAAGGGACGGUGAACGAGGUGCGUUUGAUUUAUACUCAGUAGGGUCUAUAGAAGGCUAAUUCCGAUGGUCGGGGGUUUGCGAGCGGCAUAGAGGGGCGCCAUACAUUUCUGUCAUCAGCGGGGCGUUGUGGUUCCGGGGUUUUGGCCAGGAAGCUGGCGCGUUAUCUACAGGGUGAAAAUAUGACAGGCUUUUACACAUCACUCUCCCCUUUUACCAGCCGUUCGCUUUUCUCGCUUUCUUAAACCAUUCCCUCACCCCUCUCUCUUUCUUUUAUUCCCUUCCUUCCUCUUUCUCUUCAUCCCCUCCAUUCCUUCUUCUAUUUCGUCUUCUUCCCCUCACCCCGACC